GCCUUGUGUUGCAUUUCAUUUAAUGUCACUUUAAUAUAAUUUUGAUUGAUAUUUUUAAUGGACUUUACUAAUAAUUAACAAAUUAUCUUCACUGAAGGCGAUACGCUUCGACAAAUUGAAUCUAAUAUGAACAAAGACAUUCGGAAGAAACAAACUCAAAAAUUCAUAUGUUCCAUUUGCUUGAACAACAGAGCAGAUGACAACAAGACUUGCAGAUCUUGCCCCAUUUGCGAAAGAAACCUUGAAAUAGCUCACGUAGUCAACAGCCCCAGUGAGAGCAGAAAAGACGGAACUGAUAAGUACAAACAAAACUUUAAAACCAAAGAAUCGACCGUGCAAACCUCACUGACUGACAUAAACCAAGGAUUGACUCUCUUGCAUGAAGUGCUCAAUGUAUUUCAGUGCAGAAAGAAAACGGUUACAGAUGGCAAAGAAACAGACGCUACUCACACAAGCACACGCAAAAGCGUAUGCGUUUGCACCGAAUGUAGAGCAGCAAACACAAAACUAGCAGUCACGAAGGUCCUUCAACAUUCGAUCAGUGCUCCAGAUAGCGACUGCAGUAAAGGCAAGUUCACCAUCAUCAGCUCAUCACAACCAAACAAAUCCAUCGAGAAUUCCAUCAACAUAUCCAAGCAGAAAUCCUCAUCGAUACCACAAAUGAAACUGGAAGAGUUGAAGAAUGCAAUGAAAGAGAAAACGAAAUCUAAAGACGCUAUUGAAGAAGUGAACAGAAUGUUUGCAACAGUUAAAAAAGCUGCUGGCGAUGAUACGAUUACUAACAGGCCUUUAAUUAGACACGGGCCCAGGGUACUACCAGUCGUGAAGCCAAUUCACCAAUUCUUCUCCAGAGAGGAUCCGUGCUCUGAAGACAACCUAUCAGAGUUGGCAGAUAAGAAACUGAUAAGCAAAGUGAACCAGUGUUCUCAGGUGUCGAAUUUAAACAUGUGCAGUGGAGAUUCAGUGAAGAAUUCCGACAAAUGCUGCCAGCACUGCAAGACCUGUGAGAAGAACAAACGUUCAGUGUACAUGUUGUGUUGCAAUUACAAGAACCACGUCUGUGAAAUGAAGAGAGAUGUGCCGAUAUGCGAAUGCUGCCUUCGGAAGAUUGAGCCCAAAUGUUGCGACGACAGCGUGGUUGAUGGCAUUUGCCGGUCUGACUACAAUAGCUCGACAGGGUUUUAAUUAUUCUCUUUGUAUUUUUGUACAUGUAUAUUGUAUACUGUUGGUAAUAAAAAUAUCAUAGUUAUGUAA